AUGACUGUCGCGGAAGAUCCAGAGCCACAAAUCGAAGUCAGAACUUAUAGAAAAGAUGGCAUUGUUCUUAUCCCUAAGCCAAGUGACGACCCAAAAGAUCCACUGAAUUGGGCUCCUAAGAGAAAGUACGCGACGUUGUUCGUACUGUGCUUUGCUGCCUUUGCCGGUGCGGCAACGCCAACAGCGCACCAAACGGGAUACGUGGUCAUUUCGUAUACUUACCACAAAACCCCUACUCAGCUCUCAUACUCGAUAUCUGCUGCUGUCGCCGGCCUCCUCGCCGGCCCUUUGAUCCUUCUCCCGUUCGCACGCGUGAUCGGACGCACUUCAUCCAUCUUCUGGAGCUUGUUAGGGGCAAUCGCCACCCAAAUAUGGGCCGCAAAGAUGACCAGUCCCAACGAUUACAUUUCUUUCGUCGUAUCGCGACUUUUCGGUGGUAUGUUCGGCUCAGUGGCUACCAUCCUUGGCUCUGGGUACAUAAUGGAUAUAUUCUUCUUGCACCAACGUGGAAAAGCAUUCGCUUGUUACGAACUAAGUCUGCUUUUGGGUGUAAUUGCGAGCCCAACCAUUGGGGGCUUCAUUGUAAAUUCGAAGCCUUGGCCGGAUAUCUUUUGGUGGACACUUGCUCCGUUGGGAGUAGCAGUCAUCUUGGUCUUCUGUUUUGUAGAAGAGACAGGGUUUGCGCGAGGGAAAGACAAGACCCCUUACCCCUUGGUCCCGGUGCAUUUUCUGGCCAAUAGAGCUCGGACUCUUUUCCCCGGAACUUCCGUAGUACCCAAGAUCAAUAUGGCAGCUUUGCUUAAAUUCGCAGUUCUGCCUCUCGCCAUUGGUGUGGCUCCAGCAACAACUCUGGCAGGCCUAUACACGCUCAUCACCUUUGCUUGGAGUAUCCUCAUUUCUACGGAACUUACAAUAUUCCUUGAAACACCGGUGAGUGAAGGAGGUUAUGGCUCACGCCGCUCCAAAACGCGGCCUGUGAGUUGA